UCGACGUGGACGUCGAGAGCAAAAGGGAUAGGUUGCCCUUCGUAGAAAUGCGACGUGAUAUGACGACGGUGAAGAGUGAUGUCGUUGUGACGACGGCAACGGCGGCGACGACGAUGUCGUUGACGACGUCGUUGACGACAUCAUUGUGGACAGCACCACUGUGGACACCAUCAUCGUGGACAUCAUCACCGUGGACAACGUCAUCGUGGACAACAUCAUCGUGGGCAACAUCAUCGGCAGUAUCCUCAACUACAUUGUCAUCGACGUCGACAUCAACAGCGAGCACGGUGAAUGCAGCCGCCCCAUUCAAUCGUCUGUUCGCGACAACACUAUUGCUGUUGUUGCUGGUAUCGACGCAUCCUGGUCCCGCCGCGGCCGCCUGCCGGUGGACCAACGAGGCUGGCAACGACACCCGUUCAGCGGAUUGCGCCCUUCGCGUGCUAGAUCCUACGGCGAUCGUCACCCUGGCGCCGUCCCUUGAUGGCGCGCUUAAACUACGGAUUCGCUGCAGCGACGUGCACCACUUUGAGAGCAGCUUGAACGCGCAAAGUUGGCAGCGGCUGGCCGGUCUGCAUGAACUGCACGUGCACGGCUGCAAGGUGUUACGUAUCCCAGAGGAUGCGUUUUUACCAUUACCGGAUCUUAAGCGGCUCGUCGUACAGACGUUCAAUGCCGCUUGGGGUGCUGCCAGAUACCUGGAGUUCGCGCCGAGUUCGCUCCGAGGCCUCCGCGAGCUUCAUACUCUGGAGAUCGUCGAGAGCAACGUACAGGCGCUGCCACCUAAACUGCUUUGCGAGCUCGACAAUUUGCAGACUCUCAAUCUCACCGGCAAUCGUAUCCGCGACAUCGAUGAUAUCGGUCUAACGGUGCGCGCUGAGAUCAACGGUGGAUCAUCCUGCCGCGCCGAUAUCAGGAUUCUGGAUCUAUCACGCAAUGAAUUACGGCAACUGUUCGAUGACGGACCGCUGGUGAGCCUGCGGCAACUGCAAGAGCUACAUCUGCAGCGCAAUGCGAUCACCGAGAUCGGCAAAAAUGCCUUACAUGGACUCACUGUUCUGCGCACAUUUAACGUCAGCCACAACUCCCUGGAUUCGUUGCCCGAGGAUUUAUUCAAAACUACGCGCGACCUACGGGAGAUACACCUGGCGCACAACGGCCUACGUGAUUUGCCACGGGGCGUGUUCACCCAGCUGGAGCAGCUGCUGGUGCUGAAUCUCGCCAACAACCGCCUUGGCAGCGAUCGUGUCGACGAGACUACUUUCCUCGGUUUGAUUCGCCUGAUUGUGCUUGAUCUCUCAUACAAUCAGCUGACACAUAUCGAUGCCCGCAUGUUUAAGGACUUGUUCUUUCUACAGAUCCUCGAUCUACGCAAUAACUCGAUUGACCGUAUCGAAAGUAACGCUUUUUUGCCGCUCUACAAUCUGCAUACACUCGAACUCUCCGACAACAAGCUCCAUACUGUAGGAGCACAGCUCUUUAACGGUCUGUUUGUACUAAAUCGCCUGACCAUGUCCGGGAAUUCGAUUUCGAACAUCGACACGAUGGCGUUUCGCAAUUGUUCCGAUCUCAAGGAACUGGAUCUCAGCGGUAACGAGCUUACUGCAGUGCCGGACGCAUUACGCGACCUCGCUUUCCUCAAGACCCUUGACCUGGGCGAGAACCGGAUCAGCGAGUUUCACAACGGUUCCUUCCGUAACCUUCAUCAACUCACCGGUCUACGUCUAAUCGGCAACGACAUCGGUAAUCUGACUCACGGUAUGCUCUGGGACUUGCCGAAUCUCCAAAUCCUCAAUCUGGCUCGGAACAAAGUACAACACGUGGAAAGGCACGCGUUCGAACGUAAUGUCAGAUUGGAAGCCAUCCGCUUGGAUGGCAACUUUCUGUCGGAAAUCAACGGUGUAUUCACCAGCAUCACUAGCCUUCUGUUACUGAAUUUAUCGGAAAAUCACAUAGAGUGGUUCGAUUACGCCUUCAUACCUGUUAAUCUUAAGUGGCUCGAUAUUCACGGCAAUUUUAUCGAAAGUCUUGGCAAUUAUUAUAAAAUUCGCAAUUCCAAAGUGAAGACUUUGGACGCUAGUCACAAUCGUAUCACCGAACUCUCGCCGUUGUCUGUGCCCGAUAGCGUGGAGCUAUUAUUCAUCAACAACAAUUACAUCAGCAUCGUACGACCAAACACAUUCGCCGACAAAGUGAAUCUCACUCGGGUUGAUAUGUACGCGAACAUGAUCGAGACGAUGGAGUUAACAUCGCUACUGCUGACCAAAGUACCGGAGAAUAAACCACUGCCGGAGUUUUACAUCGGUGGCAAUCCCUUCAACUGCAAUUGCUCGAUGGACUGGUUGCCGGCCAUCAAUAACCAAACCUCGACAAGGGAAUAUCCGCGUGUCAUGGAUCUUGACAAUGCCAUGUGCCGUACCUCUGGGCCGCGGGGAGUCGCCAUCGUCCCAGCCUCGACUGCACGCUCGGAACAGUUCCUCUGCCGCUACGAGGCGCAUUGUUUUGCCCUCUGUCAUUGUUGUGAUUUUGAUGCCUGUGAUUGCGAGAUGACCUGUCCAGCAGGUUGCAAGUGUUACAAUGACCGUACAUGGAAUACGAACGCGGUCGAUUGCUCAGGUCUUGGAGUCGAAGAAAUCCCGCGUAGGAUACCAAUGGAUGCCACCGAAGUCUAUCUGGACGGCAACGUGUUACGAGAGUUGCAGAAUCACGUGUUCAUUGGCCGUAAGAACAUGCGCGUGUUAUACGUAAACGCCAGUGGCAUUGAAUCCAUCCAGAAUCGCACCUUCAACGGCCUCAACAACCUGCAAAUUCUACAUCUUGAAGACAAUCGCAUACGCGAACUCAAGGGCUUCGAGUUCGAGCGAUUAUCGCACUUGCGCGAGCUUUAUCUACAGAACAAUAUGAUUGGCUUCAUUGGCAACCUUACGUUCUUGCCUUUGCGAUCGCUUGAGAUUCUCAGAUUGCACGGCAAUCGGUUGGUAACCUUUCCAGUGUGGCAAGUCACUUUGAACGCUCGAUUGGUCGAGCUAUCGCUAGGCGGCAACCCAUGGUCGUGCCGCUGCAAAUUCCUGCAGGAGCUGUCUUCUUGGGUGUCAGACAAUGCGCACAAAGUCAUUGACGCUGGCGACGUAUGGUGUUAUUACGGCGGCGACGCCAGACCAUCUUAUCGACGCCGUUUGAAUGUCAACGAGACCGCCUGUUCGGAUUAUUUCGCUCAAGGUGGCGUGAUUGAGAGUAUCAUGGUAUCGGACUAUUUACCGUUGGUAGCUGCCACUCUCUCAGCCAUCAUUGUUCUGCUGGUGAUUAUAGUACUCGCUUUCGUGUUCCGCGAACCGGUCGGCGCCUGGGCCUAUUCCAAGUACGGACUGAGAUUCUUGCGCACGAAACCGGGCAAAGCCGUGACGACGGCGAGCAUGGGUCCUGCAGCGGCGAUGGCUACAGGCUGCUGUGACGCCGAUCGCGAUCGCCUCUACGAUUGUUACGUGUGUUACAGUCCGAACGACGAGGACUUUGUCUUGCACUCGCUGGCAGUCGAACUGGAACACGGUGCGGCUGGUCUGAGACUCUGUCUCCAUCACCGGGAUUUGCCUUGCGUGCUGCGCGCUUCCGCACCCGCACCAGCCGUCCUCGAGGCGGUGGACGCAUCUCGACGCGUGCUAAUCGUGCUUACUCGUGAUUUCCUUCAAACGGAAUGGUCGCGUUUCGAGUUUCGCGCAGCGUUGCACGAAGCAUUGCGCGGUCGUGCCUCCCAGCUGAUCGUCAUCCAAGCUGGCAAUAUCAGUACCGAGGUUGAGCGCGAUCCCGAGCUGCGGCCCUAUUUGAGAACGGCCGCGCUCAUACUUACAUGGGGCGAGAAGAGGUUCUGGGAACGAUUAAGGUACGCUAUACCGUCGUCCACGACAACUGCAAUCAUCGCUACCAGUACCACCACCACCACUACAGCCGUCGGCGAUGUGUCCGUCGAGAGCAAAUCCUCGCCGUUGGUGUACAAACGCAACAUCAACACCUACACACUGGACGGUGGUGUCGGUAGUCUCGAGAAAACCGGGAUGUCGACGCUGCGCGGCGGUCAACGCGCUGCGCUCUUCAAGGACGCCUCGUCGGCGUUGAUGCUGCAACACGCGCCGCCCGCUUAUUCGUGCGGCGGUGCCCCGCUUCCCCCCAUGCUGGCACAGCAACAACAGCAGCCGCAGCUACCACCACCGUCGUCGUCGCCGGCGCAACCCAGGUUAACCGUCAAUCACGCCUACCGGGACGCGAUGCCAGCUAGUAAUCUCAUCACGACCACUGUCGCCACCACCAACACCGCCAACUGCGGCGUUAGCGAGGACCACAGGAGACCGCUGUCCGAGCACAUCUACUCGUCCAUCGACUCGGACUACUCCACCCUUGAGAGGACCGCCUGGAGGCAGCAGCAACCACCGCCACCACCGCCCCCACCCACCUCUGGACAGGCCUACCUGGUUUAGCUCCCUGCGACCGAUCCCGGUAUCCCCGUGUGGGACUCGUGGGACUAUCGUACUGUCGAUCCGACUACAAUAACGAUGAGCGACGGUAGUCGUUCUGAAAAGGUUGUGCCGAGUCUUGUCCACGUGACGCACGGUCGACAGAUUGUGAAUUUUCGAAAACGUUGCGCGCGUGCCGAGUCACGAAUCCCUACGAAAUAUGUGUACAUAGUUCAGGGACAUCGUCGCGAAGGACGAAGGACGGUGUAUUCGCAUAUCAUAAUUAUCUCUAGAGACUUUGGGGAUGCCUAUCGCGAUAAUGAUUGCGCCGGUUUUCUUUUUUGCUCAAUGAAAAUUUUCAUUUUUUUAUGUUGU